UCCUGCAGAGCCCGCGGCGUGGGGCGCGACGGGAGCCCCCUCGGAGGGGCAGCCCCGGGAGACCGGCUGCGGCCCGAGCGGUAAAAGUUAUCCACUGAAAAAGCUUAUCCAGGCACCAUCUAACAUGUCAAGGAGAAGAUUUGAUUGCCGAAGUUUUUCAGGCUUGCUAACUGCAACUCCUCAAACACCAAUUAAAACAGAAAACUUUAAUAAUUUUUAUACACUUACUUCUACAGAGCUGGGGAGAGGAAAAUUUGCUGUGGUUAGACAGUGUAUAUCAAAAACUACUGGCCAAGAAUAUGCUGCAAAAUUUCUCAAAAAAAGAAGAAGAGGACAGGAUUGCCGGGCAGAGAUUCUACAUGAGAUUGCUGUACUGGAAUUGGCAAAGUCCUGUCCCCAUGUGAUUAACCUUCAUGAAGUCUAUGAAAAUACGAGUGAAAUCAUUUUGGUACUGGAAUAUGCUGCAGGUGGAGAAAUUUUCAACUUGUGUUUACCUGAGCUGGCUGAAAUGGUUUCUGAAAAUGACAUUAUCAGACUCAUUAAACAAAUACUUGAAGGAGUUUGUUAUCUACAUCAGAAUAAUAUUGUACACCUUGAUUUAAAGCCACAGAAUAUAUUAUUGAGCAGCACAUACCCUCUUGGGGAUAUAAAAAUUGUAGAUUUUGGAAUGUCUCGGAAAAUAGGCAAUGCAUGUGAACUUCGGGAAAUCAUGGGGACACCAGAAUACUUAGCUCCAGAAAUCUUGAACUAUGAUCCUAUCACCACAGCAACAGAUAUGUGGAAUGUUGGAGUAAUAGCAUAUAUGUUGUUAACUCAUACAUCCCCAUUUGUGGGAGAAGAUAAUCAAGAAACAUACCUCAAUAUUUCUCAAGUUAAAGUAGAUUAUUCAGAAGAAACUUUUUCAUCAGUUUCACAGCUGGCCACAGACUUUAUCCAGAGCCUUUUAGUAAAAAACCCAGAGAAAAGACCAACAGCAGAAAUCUGCCUUUCUCAUUCCUGGCUACAGCAGUGGGACUUUGGAAACUUGUUUCAUCCUGAAGAAACAUCCAGCUCCUCUCAGAUUCAGGAUCAUACAAUAUGGUCCCCUGAAGACAAGAAUUCUAAAUCCUCUUGUAAUGGAACAUGUAGUGAUCGAGAAGAUAAAGAGAAUAUCCCGGAGGAUAGCAGCAUGGUUUCGAAAAGAUUUCGCUUUGAUGAUUCAUUGCCCAAUCCCCAUGAACUUGUGUCAGAUUUACUUUGUUAGCACUUUUCUCUUCGACUCAUUUGGACUGAUUUUAGAAUUUGAAAUCCACUCCAGUAUGAGACUGUGGUUUGUAACUUCGUAUAUGGAAGUAACUUCGUAUAUUGUAAAAGCACCUUUGCAUAAAAGAAUUUAAGAAAAUAUUUUAAUGCUAAAUUACUGCUUUUAUAAUAAUAUACCAUGUAACAUCCUGAGAGAUCAACUGUGUGAACAAGAAAAUAUUUAAAUAUAUGACCAAAAAAAUUGUGUAUGUGAGUUCACAUGUUAAUGAGAAUUCAAGUUCAAAUGGAUUUUUCAAAACAUUUUAGAUAUCAA